CUGUCUCACCCUGCUUUUAUAAGCAGUUCCUCAACACACACACACCCACGCACACAGACACACACACACCCACACACACCCCCACACACACGCACACACACACCUCUCCGUAACUUUCAGAGGACCGGGCAUUCGUCUCCUCAAUUCUGAGCAAUGGCAGAUAAGGAACUUUCCAAAGUCCGCAGCAAAUUUGUGGAGAAGGUGUCAAAGGCGAUACUCAAGCAGCUCCUGGACGACCUUCUCCAGGAUCGUUUGUUGAACGAUGGCGAGGUGGAGUCUGUGCUUGAGGACAACACCAACAAAGCAGACAUGGCGCGCUGCCUCAUCGACAUUGUGAGGAAGAAGGGCACCAGAGGCAGCAAGAUGCUGAUCGACCACAUUAAAACCAGAGAUGAAGCGCUGCACGCCGAGCUGUUCCCUGAUUCACAGGAUCAACCGGAUGUAGCUUCUCCGACAAACAAAACCUGGUCAAACAGACUCAUCCCCGUGUCUGACUCUGAGAGGACGGAAAAAAUGAAUGAUCCAGAUAUUUACAAAGUGUCUGAUAAGUCUCUGAAAAGCCGCGUGGCCCUUUUGAUCACCAAUAGAAACUUUACUGACGACAACUAUACCAGAAAGGGAGCCGAGAAAGACGAGGAGAACAUGUUGAAUCUGCUCAGAUCCCUGCAGUACGAGGUGGUGAAGCACAACGACCUCACAGCAAAGGACAUUGACAAGGCUCUGCUUGAAUUCACAAGACACCCCAAACUGAAAGAAACCGACAGCGUGUUCGUGGUGAUCAUGUCUCACGGAAAACGGGGAUUGAUACUCGGAGUCGAUCACAAGAUAGACAAACCAGACGAAUUCCCCAUUGACACAAUCUACAAAUACCUCGGCCCAAACAAAUGCUCCAAACUGAUGGACAAACCCAAGGUCAUCAUCAUCCAGGCCUGCAGAGGAGCUUCGGUAGGACAUACCAUUGUCAGCGACAGCGUGAUGUCCGACGAGGCGUCGCACCGACCAGCCUCUCCUACAGGCGGCCUUGUUGCAGACUCCAUUCGCUACGUUCACAAGGAGAAGGACUUCAUCUCCCUCCUGUCAAGCACGCCUGAUACCGUCUCAUACAGAAGAGAGGAUUCGGGCUCCUACCUGAUUCAGUACAUUGUCGAAGUCUUCAACACCUGCUCCCACAAGGACGACAUUGACGAACUUUUCAGAAAAGUCAUGCAGCGCUUCGAAGACUUUCCUGAUGAAAAAAUGAGACAAAUGCCAACAAAAGACAGAUGCACUCUAACCAGGCGCUUCUACCUUUUCCCUGGCUACUGAGACAACAGUGUUUGAUAAAUCCAUCUGUUGUUACUUACUUACUUUUCUUUUUUUAAUGUUUUUUUAAUGUUUUGUCUGUGAAUGUAAUAGUGGUGCUGUAAGGCUGAUAUCUACCUAGUAGUUUGUACUUAAACUGGAAAUUAGCCCCAUUUUUAUUUUACAGAGGAAAUUAUGAGCUUGACUUCACUGUCCUGGAUAUAUAUAUAUAUAUAUAUAUAUAUGUUAAAUAACUCUGGAUAACAAAUAGUCAAAAAGAACAUUAAAAAAAAAAACCCAUGAGAAAACGUGGUUUCGAAAGGAUAACCUCCAGCCCAUUUUGCCAAGAUGUAAUAUAGAUCACAUUUAUUCCCAAUGAGUAAAAUCUGAAUCUCAAAACAGCUUCAUUAAGAUAUAAAUGUAAUCAGUGGUAGGAAGUACGCAAGUACAAUUUUCAUGUAUCUGUUCUUUUACUUGAGUAGAUUUAAUCGUGGAUACUUUCGACUUUUACUUCACUACAUUUUACAGUAAGUAUCUGUACUUUCUACUUCUACACUUAAAAACAGCUUUAAGAAGCUAAAAUUGCUAUUGUCAAAGCAUUUUCAACAUGAAACUUGUGCAUUUUCAAACAUCAUUUUUCAUUGUUUCUCGCAGACCGUGACUGUUCUUAUGAAAUAACCUUGUGGUUGGUUAUUUCUUGCUUGUUGCGCCUUGGACAGUGUUCAUAGUUGAGCGUUGUUUACCAUUAGGGCAUUGUCUUAAUUGCUGUGUUUAAUGGUGCAGACAGUUGUGGUUUCUGACAUGGGCGAUAUGGGCAACCGCCCAGGGCGUUAUCAUUUAAGGGAUGGCAGGAGACCUCUGUGGAUUGUGGCACAGAGAUGGAAGCAAAGCAGAAUGAAGAAGCGUUUGAAUUGAUAAUGAUAUUGGUUAAAGUUAUUUCCGCUCUAAGUAUUUAAUAUCUUGGCGUUUUUAUGGGAAUUUGGAUCUUUCAGAUCAAUUUGAGAAGCAAUUUUGAUCAUAUUUCACAUUUUAUUGCCAUGUUGCGCGGGGCACUGGCCUUGGUCUCGGGUUAGGUGGUACAACACUGCUAUGUGUCCCAAGUUCGACUCCCCUUCCUUGGUUGCAUGUAAAUCUAAAUGUAAAUUAUGUCACAGAGAGUAAACACAAUAAAAACAUGCUUUACCUGCAGCAUUGUUCAUUAAAAUGGCACAUUAUCGAUGUAUUAAAAUUAAAUACGAUAGGUUCAUUUAAUGACAUUUUAUUCGCUAUUAGAUAACACAUUCAGCAAGUUUAUCAGAUUAAAAGUGCCUUUUGAAAAUAAUCUUUUAAGCUCACAUUAAACAUACCUUUUAAUAUGGCAGCAUCUGUGCAUAUAUUUUUUUCCUUUUACUUUUAAUACUUGUGUUUUUAAAAGCCAGUUUUUUUUACUUUUACUCAAGUAAAAAUGUUAAUAUGGUGCUUUUACUUUUACUAGUUGUUUGAGUACUUUCUCUACCACUGAAAGUACGGUAAUCCAAUUUCUUACUGAGUAAAGGCUGUCUAUUUUA